AUCACCACACGGUAGAAAAAUACCCCACCAAAACUAGCAAUAAAUCAAAAGUCCAGACCUGAAGUAUUCGCGAAUUCCGAGUCAGAAAUUCUCUCUCUCUCUCUCUCUCUCUCUCUCUCCCCCUCUCUCUAAUGGAGGACUGGAGAUCCAAGUCGUGUGGGGAUGGAAGGAUGCAAAUGGAGGUAUACGGGGGCCAUGAGCUGAGAUGCUACAGCGCUACUUACACCUCAUCUGCUCCCCAACAAACCCAAAAGGACUUGAAGAAGCUCAAGAAGAGCAAAACUAGUGGUGGGUCUUCCUCCAAAAACUGGAGCUUCAACGAUCCUGAGCUGCAGAGGAAGAAGAGGGUUGCUAGCUACAAGGUCUAUUCUGUUGAAGGGAAGAUGAAAGGCUCUUUCAGGAAGAGCUUCAGAUGGCUCAAGGACAGAUAUACACAGGUGGUUUAUGGAUGGCGGUGAUUCUUGGCUGGGUGGGUAGGGCCCACCUCCUUUUGUGCCUCAAAUCUUUUCUUUUCUCCCCCUUUUCCUUUGUUGUCUGUGUGUGAGUUUGAGAUCUUGGAAGAUUGAUCUCAAUCAACGAAUUUCUGGGCCUUUUAUGAUACUAUGAUUCGGCUCUUCUUUUCUUUCAACAAUUAUAAUUAACUAUGUUUAGAUAUGUUAUAUGUAUUAUGUGGAGUUGUAUAUGUAUUUCUCUUUGUUUGUGUGA